CUUUUACCGAGGUGGAAUCUCUCAUGCCUUUGAAAGGGGCCCAACUCUCUAAAGAAGAAUUGAUCCAUUUCAGUCAACUAAGCGUCUCUUCUCCUGAAGACAAAGACAAUGCGGAUGUCUUGAAGGCAAGUCCUGAAAAAGGGAAAGGAAAAGUGGACAUCCAGGCUUACUUGAAGCAGUGGCAAGACGAGAUCCUUAAAAAGGAAGAAAGCAUUAAGGAUUUGCCCCGGAUGAACCAGUCCCAGUUCAUCCAGUUCUCCAAGACCUUGUAUAACUUAUUCCACGGUGAUCCGGAAGAAGAGCUCCUGUUCCGUGCCAUCGCUACCGUGACCGGCCUCUUGCUGAGGAUGGAGGAGGUGGGACGGAAGCUCCAGAGUCCCACCUCCCCAACGCAUAGAGGAACAUCUCCCACGGUUGGUCCUACCACCUCAGAAGCCUCCCAGACUGGGGACCCAGCAGCCCCCACCUCCAGUUCCUCCAGUGAAGGCUGGUCGUUCGCUUUUGAGCAGAUCCUGGCCUCCUUGCUCAACGAACCUGCCUUGGUGAGGUUUUUCGAGAAGUCCGUCGAUGUCAGAGCCAAAUUGGAAAAAGCGAAAGCCACUCAGCUGAAAGCACGAGCCGGCGUAUAAUAACCCCUCUUUCCUCUGUGUAAAACAAUCCCCAAAAAAGGAGGUAAACCAUUCGAGUUUGACAUUCACACUGAAGAUUUAGCCCAGUUCCCUUAAUGGCAGGGCGCUGUACGUGGCUUUAAUUGUAAUUUUUGUGGGGGGCGGGGGUUCAAGUUGUUUGAAGCACAACUGCACCCAAUCUUUGCAUUUUAAUACACCAGAUUUUUAUAAAGCCAACACAGAGCAGCUUGUGGGAGGGGAAAUAAAACCCUAAAUUGUCUCCUUAAGAGUACAAGAUUUCCAAGCACUCCCUUUUCAGGCCCCCGUUUUGCUGGGUCGUCUUAACGUCGGCAAUUUUUUUUUUUUUUGCAAAGACUUUCUUAAAACUUGGAAUGUAGGUCUGUUUCAUGCACCAUGGGCAGGAUCUCUGACCAGUUUAGGAUACCGAUUUAGGAAAGCCGUUCAUAUCAAUUGAAGGGAGAAGGCAAGAAUUUUUUAAAAAUAUACAUUUCUUUAAAGGCAGCGCUUGCCUCCCACUGAAGCGGAUAGCGUUCAGUUUUUGCAACUGUGCAAAACCUCUGGACAACUCGCCACGGCCAAGAGUUACACUAAUACCCAAGAAAGGGUGGAACAGAAUCAUUGAAGGAUGCAAAAAGGAGGGGACAGAACAGAACAAAAAUUUAAAUAUAUUUUUAAAUUUUAUUUUGAAUUCAUUAAAUUGAUUCCUUAAAUUGUCCUGCGGCGAGUUAGCCUCAGUGAGUUAGUUGGCUGUGGCAAAUCGUCCCAUUCUUCUUCUGGACAUUUCUUCUACUCAACAUCCAGAAACAAGGGUAAUUUAUCCCAAUUUUACAAGCAGGGAAGUUGCGUCAUACUGCAAUCUUCCUCAAAGUUAAGUAAAAUUCUGAGGUUUCCCCUUUGAAAAACCAUCUAGUCAAGUCAAAUGAAAAGCUAGGAACAGAAAUUCCAAAUAUUUCAGCUGCUUUAAUUCUACGUACACAACGCUGAAAAUGACUUGAGGGGGAAAACAGCUAUUUAACUCUGCGGUAAUUCCUUUAUUUAUGUAUUUUUCCUCUUUUUUGGGUGGAAACCAUUGUUUUCACGGGGUCCUAGAUCACCAAGGCGUUUAG